CGGAAGCAAACAAUGCGCCAUCGAUUUUUUGAGGCUUGUGCAGUGGGCUUGGAGGGUUGAAGCACUGCCAGGUGCAAUGCCACCGGGACAUGCAUCGAUGAUCGAGCGACCACACCAGAAUUCGAACAUUGCGUGCAGGCGCCGCAUGAGGAAAGGAUUCGAUUCUUUCAAGCAGAACUGCUGAGCAGCCACUUUCUCAAACUGAAACUGUUUCUUGCCCUUUUCUCAGGUCGGACCAUGACAAAGCCCACCCAUCAUGUGGCGACGCUCUCGCCGUGGAAGACGUUGCUUCUGGGAGGUCUUCUUGGAUACCUCGUAGCGGUUUUCGUCCACUCCUCGGGGCAUGAGGAUUCCCAGUCUCGUGGACGAUUGACGGAGUCAAAAGAACUCCUCUUGGAAGAAGCUUCCUCUGUCUCGUCGGAGAGCCAUCAUGAGGAGACACAAGAGGCUACUGCGUUGGAUACAACUGUGACGGUGAUUGUCUUGUUCUUGAUCAGUUUGACCAUAAUGUUUGAAACAGUCAAGGAGACCAUUGAGGAAGCUGUUGAUCGGGUGAUGGAACCUGUGAUCGAAGGUCUGUUUGGUGAAUUAACUGUCCUCGGCUUUCUUUCAGUUUGUACAUUUUUUGUGACCAAGCUUGGAUGGUUCAACCAACUGUCCGAGAAAAUAUUUGGAGAGGAAGAAAAAGAAGAGUUGCUUGAAGUAUUUGAGAUGGUCCACUACAUGGUUUUCUUUGUCAUGGUGUUCUUUGUCAUCAAUGUACUGGUUCUUGUGCGAGGUGCAACUGCCAUGAAACGGACUUGGUGGAUCUACAACAGAGCUUGCCGGGAUGACAAGUACAUGGCCGAGAUGAAUGCCAUCUUGGCAUUACAUACUGCAGCCGAAGAAGAAACCACCUACCUCAGAUACCUCUGCCAAGAACUGCUUCCAUUUCGCUCAUCAAAAAGAUCGCUUCGGUCCGAGCUGGGAUUAUUCCGUGGUCUCAGGCAUGAAUUUGUGGUGGAAAGAAGCCUGGAUCCACCCUUCCUCCCUCAUGAUCAGAACUGUGUCCCCGAUGAGUUUGACUUUGGCAGAUACCUGAGCAUUUGUCUGUGCCAUGAGCUGGGACAUAUUGUCCACCUAAAAAUCCCAACAUGGAUCUUCUUGGGUGGUGUCACAGCUGUGUUUUAUGUGAUUGCACUGUUUGUGGAGAAUCGACUGGAGUCAUUUGUCUGGAUAUGGGUUUGCACAGGCUGGCUCUUCUUUCUGCUGGGCUCCUACUUUGAUUUUCACUUGUUCAAGAUCUUGGAAGGAAUGGCAGCCAAGCUUGGUGACAUUGGAGAACUCCAUGAUGGGGAGCGGGUUUCCUUGAUGCCCAGGUCUCCUUCCUUGCCGUAUUGGACCCGCAUUGACUUGGAGGAAUACAUACGGACUGGGCGUGGGUUGCUCGCUCGCCUCUUCCUUCCCACCAAUUCGAAAGUCACAAGACAGGAUGUCCUUUAUUGGAUGGAACGGAAAGGCCCAAAACUUUACAUGAUCAUCUUCCAGGUUCAGAUGGUAUUCACAGCUGCCUAUGUGUCACUAUUGGUGCUGAUCAUGUUUCCAUACAUGUUUGUUGAAACUGAGCAGUCAUUGCCUGAGAGAAUGGCCUUCUUGGUCCUAUCCAUCCUGCCCGUUUGCCUCCUCCUGGGCAAGUAUCAAAUGGCGGCUGCCAACCUCACAAUGGCCUGUAGCAUUGGAGAACACCGGCGCCCAGGCGUGAUUUCCCAAGUCAUUCGUGAAGAAAAAGUGUCUCAAAUUAUUCGAGCAAUGGUCACUAUGCUAAGGCUUCAACAAUUUGCCUCUGAAGGUGUUGGUUUUCAUGAUUCAGCAGAAAACAACAAGGACUCACCAGACAGUACCGUUGUGACAGCACCACCGGACUCUUGUUUGGAUUUGGAAGAGGUUGGAAUACAAUUUGAGGCGCCAAUCCAAAUGGGUGAUGAAUCAAACAGGACUGCUGGAGGAAUUAGCACUAGCACUGGCAGAAGAAGAUCCAGUAUGUUCUCCUCUGUGGAAAUGGACGAAAUUGGACAAACAUUUGAUGCCAUUGAUGUUUCCAGGAGUGGACUCAUUGAAACCUCAGAUUUUGGUGCUGUUUUGAAGGGACUUGGAGUGGCUGCCACUGAGGAAAGCCUGAAAGCCAUGACUGCCAUCUUGGAUGAAAAUGGAGAUGGAAGCAUUUGUCGAUACGAGUUUACUCAAUUCUACAAGAACUAUGUCCGCGUAGAACUAGACCACGAAGAGCUCAAGCAACUUGCCAAGGAUAUGUUCCAUCUCAUUGACGCUGACGGCAAUGGCCAGAUCACCUUGGGUGAAUUCAAAGAUGUGGUGGACCAUUUCAAUGUGGGGUUCACAGUGGAUGACAUUGGAGAUUUGGUGAAUGAACUGGAUGAAGAGGACAAUGGUAUGGUUGGUGAGCAUGAGUUCUUGAAACUGCUCGAGAAGCACCGCCUCUUAUUUGAACACGUAGAACUGCCCAAACUGGAGUAAGUUGAGACCAAGCCAACUACUGCACCUAGUUGCCACCUACCGGUAGCUAGUAGCCAGACCCUGCGAUUAGACUUGUCCGUGCUUGGAGCACUGACCGGCAGCAUCCUGAGCUGCACACCCAAAGCAAACUUUAGCAACCCAACCGUAUGGAAGUGCAUACACUAAUGCUAGCUAGCUAGCUAGCUAGAAAAGCCAUUUCGCUUUGUGAAACAGUGUGAUCACACUUGUGAGAGGCCUGCGCUUGUGUGCACCAAGCGGCAUGAUUCGAUUCGAUGCAAAGAGAGGGAUGGCGGAGCCUUUUGUUUCUGGCCCGCCUCCGGUUCAGACAACGAAAGGAGUGGAAAUAGAAAAAAUCAUUUUGCUUUGAAAUUUCACGGAUCUUUCUUCCUUUUUUGCCAAAUCCUUGCCACGACAUGGCCACGGCAAAUGCAUGGCA